AUGUCUAGCAAAGAAGGUCUCGUUGAAGCGACGCCCGCCGGAGUCUCGACGCCCCGCAGGCGACAAAAGUGGUAUCAUCUCUUUGGCGAAGAUGUUGUCUAUGUAUCAGUCGACGACGGCUAUGCGCUAAGCUCAGAAGCCUCUUCCUUGGACGAGAACACUGUGGACAACCAAAGGAAUGUCUUUUCUGCUCCCGAAGCCACUGAUAUCUACAAGUUUGUAGAUGGCUUCGAGGGCACCCACCGCUUCGACCUUUCCGCGACAUGGGAUGCCCAGGAGGAGAAGAAGCUGGUGAAACGGAUUGACUGGCUCAUUGCUCUCCCUGCAUGUAUCAUGUUCUUUGCUCUCCAGCUUGACCGUGGCAACAUCGUUCAGGCUAAUUCGGACAACAUGCUCAAGGACCUUGGGCUCAACACAAACGACUAUAAUAACGGCAUGACCAUAUUCUACUGUUCGUUUUUGUUCGCAGAACUCCCAUCACAAGUUAUUGGGAAAAAGCUUGGGCCUGAUGUCUGGAUCCCUAUUCAGAUGGUACUCUGGAGCGCCGUGGCAAUGUCGCAAGCCGCAAUGCAUGGGAGGACCAGCUUUUUCAUUUGUCGCUGGCUGCUCGGAAUGCUCGAAGGAGGUUUCAUUCCUGACACGAUUCUCUAUCUUUCGUAUUUCUAUAAGAACUCUGAGCUUCCCAGACGCCUCAGUUGGUUCUGGACGUCAUACCAAGGCACGCAGAUCGUUGGUGCCUUUUUGGCAUAUGGUAUUCUUCACCUCAGAGGCCACAGUGGGCUGCAUGAAGGCUGGAGAUAUCUAUUCUUGAUUGAAGGCUCCUUUACUGCACUGAUCGGCAUAUUGACUUUCCUCUACUUGCCACCAUCUCCUACGCAGACGGCUCGCAAGGGCUGGAAAGGUCUUUUGCGACCCAAGGCCGGGUGGUUCUCCGAACGCGAAGAGACAAUCAUGGUUACGCGAGUUCUCCGUGAUGAUCCGGGCAAGGCCACCAUGCACAAUCGUCAGGGCUUGACGGGGAGCCUGAUGUGGGAAGCUCUAACAGACUACGAUAUGUGGCCAAUUUACCUCAUCGGCAUGUCCUGGGGCAUUCCGAACGGCCCUCCACAAGCAUACAUUACGCUCACUUGCAAGGCUCUCGGCUUCACCACCUUCCAGACCAAUCUUCUCACCAUCCCGGCAUACACUCUAUUUAUCCUACAGCUGCUAUUCUGGACCUGGGUAUCAGAGAAAAUCAACCAGCGCGUUCUUCUCGGCGUCAUCGCCCAACUGUGGUGCUUGCCGCUUCUCGUCGCCCUGGUCACUUUACCGCCAGUAUUCGCGGGAUGGAAGUGGUCAAAAUGGGCCCUAUCUACGCUCCUGGUCGGCGCUCCCUACAUCCACGCAAUUCUCGUAGCCUUGACAUCCCGCAAUGCUGGCUCUGUCCGCACUCGUACUGUCGGCUCCUCGAUAUACAACAUGUGCGUCCAGCUUGCGAGCAUCUUAUCCUCUCAGAUCUACCGCAAAAAUGACGCACCAUACUAUUACACCGGCAACAAAGCCCUCCUUGGGGUUUUGGGCUGGAAUAUCUUGGUUUUCAUCGCUAUCAAGUUCUACUAUGUCACGAAGAACAAGAAGAGAGACAAGAUUUGGGAUAGCAUGACCCGAGAAGAGAGGGUUCACUAUCUAAAGACGACCACGGACAAGGGAAACAAGAGACUUGACUUCAGGUUUGGUUCAUGA